AGCCAGCUGAUUGCGCCGCACGCUCGCGGUACGGUCUGCGGCGGACAUCCGCCUCCGUGCGAUGCGGACGGUGGUCUGUCCACACGUGGUUCGCGGCCAGGUCCCGUCGACACGCCGAGACUUGGCAGAAUUCCGCAGUUUUAAACCAGCAGAGCGGAGACGCUUCAGAUCCGGGAACGCGCCGUCCUGCAGCAUCGCGCAAAAGAAAAUUAAAAAAAAAGAAAAGGAUCCGAGGAGAGAGUCGACGCGGGAGUGGCACACAACGCUACCAAAAGUAAUCGCUCCAGAUGGCGUUAGCUAGGGACCUGGGAGCAGGUCAGGAUGCUCAGACCCAGAAGGAUGCAGCCGAGCAGAACUUCGACUACAUGUUCAAGCUGCUGAUCAUCGGCAACAGCAGCGUCGGCAAGACCUCCUUCUUGUUCCGUUAUGCGGAUGACUCCUUCACUUCAGCCUUUGUCAGCACCGUCGGCAUUGACUUCAAAGUCAAGACCAUCUACAGGAAUGAAAAGAGGGUCAAACUGCAGAUCUGGGACACAGCAGGGCAGGAGCGCUACCGGACCAUCACUACUGCCUACUACCGAGGAGCCAUGGGCUUCCUGCUUAUGUAUGACAUCACUAGUAAGGAGUCCUUCUAUGCUGUGCAGAACUGGGCAACCCAGAUCAAGACCUAUUCCUGGGAUAAUGCUCAGGUUGUCCUGGUGGGCAACAAGCUGGAUUUGGAAGAAGACAGACAGGUCCCAACUCAGGACGCCCAAAGGCUGGCUGCAGAACUAGGCUUUCAGUUCUUCGAAGCCAGUGCCAAAGACAACAUUAACGUGAAGCAAGUCUUCGACAGGCUUGUGGAUGUCAUCUGCGAGAAGAUGAACGAGAGUGUCAAUGGUGUUGCCGGCCCCUCGGCUAACCACAAGGGAGCCAGCUUAAAGGACACGCCCCCUACAAACAGCGGCGGCUGUGCCUGCUGACACCCAGCGCCUCACAUUUCAGCGAACAGUGGUUUCCUACCAAUGUUAGACGCGUACAACACAUAUGAAUACGUUACACACAUAACACGUGAUGGUACACACAUACACACACACACAUCCAGGGAUGAAUCGAAUGGCAAAAACAUCUAGCAUUGUGAAUGUAUUCUUCUUUUUAGUUAAAAGUGCUGCUGCAAACCCGUCUUCAUUAUCUACGCGUUGGUCUUUUCCUUGUAUGGGUGUGGAUGCAGGCUUUCGUGCAUGUCUGUGAUUCCAGUGCGGCCGCUACAUUGAGAGUCCAGAGAAGUUAAAACGGUGUCUGCACCUCUCGCCUUCUGCGCUUCAUUGAUUCCCGUGUUAAAAAGGCUAACUGGCACGUGCUGGAAGCUGGAUGUGAAUGUGCAGCUCAGCUGAAGCGAUUUCGGCGUGGCUAUCGUUGGGGCUUUAGCUGUGGCAUGCUGCCCCCGUGUGGGAUACAGUUAAUAUUGCCCUUGCCUUUUUACACAUGCUAUGUAUGCUUUUCAAAAUGGAUGGAUUUUUUUUUCCUUUUGCUAGUUGUGUCCGGUGAAGAUGAUGAAAAUAAAGACAGAGCCAU